AUGAUUAUUUCUGAUGACACUACCGAAGCAGACGAAGCAGAAGAAGAGAAAUCAAGUAGUGAUAAUAAUGAGAAUAGCAUUGAUACAAAGUACAGUCAUAAAUACGAGAUAACAAAUCAUAAUGAAGGCAUUAACUUACAUAAUGUUGACGAAAUUGAAGAAGGCACAUUAUCUUACACAGAUAAUGAUAUUGAAACUGAAAUUCCAAAGAAAGGCAAUUCAAAUAAAGACAGAGAAUUUCCAUGGGACUGUUUCAUGAGCGAUACACUGUUAGCAUUUCUAUUUCUCGGUCUAUUAAGUGUAAACCACCAAUUAAAACUACUAAAACUACUCCCGUAA